AAGAUAGAAACUAAAAUCUGGAAAGGAUCAAAUGUGUUUAUGAGAGAAAAUAACAAAGAUUGCAAAUUUUUUAAUCAAAAUUUGCAAUGGGUGUUAAAGGACUUUGGCAAUUACUGGCAAUUGCUGGAAAGCCAGUUUCAUUGGAAUCACUUGAUGGAAAGAUUUUAGCUAUUGAUGUAAGCAUAUGGUUAAACAAAGCUGUUAAAGGAAUGCGUGAUAAACAUGGGAAUCAAGUAUACAAUGCACACUUAGUGUUGAUGUUUCAUCGAAUUUGUAAGCUUCUGUUUUAUGGGAUUAAACCAGUAUUUGUCUUUGAUGGAAAUGUGCCUGAACUAAAAAAAAAUACUCAGAAAUUGCGUCGAAGUUAUCGUCUGAAAGCCGAGGCCUGUAAGGGUAAAAUUGAUGAGUCUCUCAUAAAUAACUUUUUGAAAUCAAAAGCAUUAGAAUGUGUCACUGGUAAAAAGAGCACGCUAAAGUUGAAACUUCAAAAAAGUAAUGAACCAGAUAUAUUUCAGUUACCUGCUUUUCAAGAAAAGAAAGUUGAAAGCUCUGAUGAAGAUGAUACCAGCUGGUUAGAUGCUAUAAAUUCGGAUGAACUAAAAGAUAUGUUUGCAUUUCCUGAACUUGUGGACUUAAAUUCUGCAGAGUUUUUAAAUUUGCCUCCACAAGUUAAACAUGAGUUGUUAAUAGAAAUUCAAGAGGUUAAUAGAAAAAGGUCUAAAAGAAAGCAUUCUCCUGAUGUAGUGCUUCCAAAGGACUCAGAUGAGUUUUCAAAUUUUCAAUUAAGCAACCUAGUAAAAAGAGGCAAAAUUACAGACAAUAUUAGGUCUCUUAGGAAAGAGAUGAACAAUUCACUCUCUGAAGAAUAUUUGGAAUAUCUUAACAUUGAGCAUGAUACUAAAACCAAAGAAGUUCAGGCUAAGCGUUUAAUAUCAAAUGAAAAAGAGAGCUUUGUGUUUAUAAAAACUGACAAAUCAAAAGAAAAAAAUGUUCUGUUUACUACAAAUAUUGAAGAUGGUUACACUCAGUUUGAUAUGAAAAAACAUAAAGAAGAAGCUGUAAAACUGAAGAAUAUUGAAAGAGCUGCAGCACAAUUUAAAAAAAUUAGUUAUCAAUUUCCAAAUUGUAUGCUGUCUGAUGAUUCAUCUGAUUCAAGUGAGUCAGGUAAAGAAAUACAAUUAGAUUCUUCUGGCAGAUCUUUCCUUCAAGAAAAUUUUGAGUUUAUGUUUAAUUCCAGCAUUUCUGAUGACGAACAAAUUAAAAAUUCUGAUGAUGAUUCAGAGAAAAACGUUCAUUUAAUACAAUUGGAUCGUAAUUUAGAAAAUUCAAAUGAUAUAAGAAAAAAUCAAAAUCAAAUUAAAGGCUUCAGACUUGUUGGAAUUUUGGACGUUAAUGAGACUGUUGAUAUCAAAACUGGUUCAAAUAAGCUAUUGGAAAUAACAGAAAGAGAAUGCUCUAAAAAUCUACUAAAUAUAAAUAAUACUUCUAUUGUUGAGAUUUUUGAACCAGAUAAGUUUGACAAAAGUUUAAUUACUCCUGUAUUUCAAAAAAAAACAAUUUCAAAUAAUUAUAUAGAACCAGUUAGUACUAUUUAUCCAGUUGUUGAAGAAGAUUCUAUUGUAGAAGAUAUAAAAGAAGGAAAAAACAUUUGUGAUAUUGUAGAAGAUAUAAAAGAAGAGAAAAAGAUUUGUGAUAUUGUUGAAAAUAUUCAAGUAGAAUCUGUUCCACAAAGUAUUCAAGAAGACCAUGAUGUUGAUCAUGAUGUUGAUGAUCAUAUUCAAGAAGAUCAUGUUGUAGAUCAUGAUGUUGAUGACCACGUUCAAGGCGUUUAUGUUGUGGAUCAUGGCGUUGGCGAUCAUAUUAAAAAAGAUCGUGUUGUGGAUCAUGACGGUGAUGAUCAUAUUCAAAAAAAUCAUGUUGUAGAUGAUCAUGUUGAUAAUCAUGUUAAAAAAGAUUAUGUUGUGGAUUAUGUUAAUGAUCAUGUUCAAGGAGAUCAUGUUGUAGAAUGUGUUCAAGAAGAUCUUGAUUCGAAAACUAUUCAAGAAGAUGCUAAUAAAAAGAAUCCCAUAAAAAGUGAAAUUAUCAAAUCAACAUCUACUGAGUUCAACAAAAUUCAACAUGAAAAAACAAAGGAAGAUUUCUUAAAAUUAGAAGUUGAAUUAAACAAAGAAAAAAUUGAACUUGAGCUAGAGACUAGAAAGCAAACUAGACAGGCUGCAACAUUGUCUGCUGAAGUUUAUAAUGAUGUUCAAGAUCUGUUGCAAUUGUUUGGAAUCCCUUAUCUUGUUAGUCCAAUGGAAGCAGAAGCUCAAUGUGCUGCACUUAAUCUUUUAAAGCUAACCAAUGGUACAAUAACUGAUGACAGUGAUAUUUUUUUAUUUGGCGCUGAGAAUGUUUACAAAAAUAUUUUUAACAAAGAUAAAAUCCCUGAAUGCUAUUCUUCCAAAGACUUAGAGACUCUAUUAUAUUUAACUCGUGAAAAACUAAUUGCUGUUGCAUUUUUAACUGGAAGUGAUUACACAGAAGGACUUCCUGGUGUUGGUGGAAUUACUGCUAUGGAGAUUCUCCAAGCAUUUGCUAAAAAGACAGCAGAAGAAACAUUAGCAAAUUUUAGAGCAUGGGUUAUGUCUCCAAAUGUAACUGGUAACAAAGUUUUGGAUCGAUUAAAAGCCAAAUUGGCAUUAGAUGGCAUACCUUCAAAUUUCAACUCUAAUGAAGUUUGGGAGGCUUAUUUGAAUCCCAUUGUUGAUCAAAGCAAAGAAAAAUUUGAAUGGGGUAAUCCAGACAUUGAAUCUAUUAAACAAUUUGCUAGUGACAAAAUGGCAUGGUCAUUUUCUAACACAUUAGAAACAUUAAAACCACUUUUGGAAAAGUGGAAAGAGAAAGCCAAGCUACAACGAACAAUAGAUACGUAUUUCAUGCCAAAAAUAAAGUUUGGAUCCGGUAAAGAAGCCAGUAAACGUUUGCAAAACGUACUGAAUGACUUAAGCCGUUCCACAGGGUGCAAUGAAGACCUAUUGAAACCUGGACCUAGUGAAACUAAUGAUUCAUAUCAAAUAGACUCGUCAGGUUAUUGUAAAGCUGAAAUACCUAAGCGUAAAAAAAGAACAGCUUCUAGAAAGAAACUUCCUUCAACAGUAAGUUCCAAUCAUAGCGUUCAAUUAAAAAAAGAAGCGAUGAAAAUAAAUCCAAAUGCACAUCGUAUAAAAUCUAUUCCUCCUUUAGUUAAAGUGAAAGAUAUAAACGCAGUUAUUAGACGCAGGUUUGGAAAAUCAGCUUCAAAAAAAUAAUUAUACUUGUAAAUAAUAAAAAUAAAUUAUUUAAAUUAUAAAAUAUUGCACGUUAUAAAA